UAUUUAUUCCAUUUUAACAAACAGGUCAAGUUGAAUAAAAACUUGUAAUUUUUUGUUCCAGGACAUGACCCCAUCCCGCCAUGUCGACCCAAGAAGACCCACCUCACGAAGACCUCAUCGACUUCCACGUACAAUCUCCGGUUCUUCCCAGAGCCACAACAGUCUCGCUUUACCUGGAAGACUCUGACAACCUCAUCGAUACCGAACUGCCAAUUUUGGAAAAGAAGCUUAAAUCAGUGCCAUCACACCAAGACGAGAAUCUCCUCAGGAAAAACAGUAUCGACGUCGAGGAUAUACUCAUCGUCAUUGAUGAUGAAGAUCAUCAGCCUCAACAAGAUACUGUGGACGGACCUCCUGUCGAUAUAGAAAGGUGUAGAUAUGAUGUCGUGGAUGAGUCCCAAAAAGAUAGUAAUUUUUUCGAUCUUUGCGACAAUCACUUGGAAGCGUUGACUGUUCUGCAGAAUCUGGAUGAGGUGCUAAAUGCGACCUUGAUGGACAUGUCUGGGGGGUCUGAAGGGAGUGAAGACUGUGGGAGUGAAGACUGUGGGAGUGAACAACGAGAUAUUGAAGAUUGUCUGCAGGAUCUGGACAACUAUCUUAAUACCCAAGAGGACACGUCUUCUGAGUCAAGCGGCACCCUGGACCUCAGCAGUAGCGUCACUACCUCGACGUACUCCUCCAAAGAUACGACAGAGUGUCUGCGAGACCAUCUGCGUCAUAUCGAACAGAACUAUGCCAUGUUUGCUAAGGGGUGCGUGAACAACGGGUAUGUGGAUACAGAGCCACCCUCAGAAGUUAGGCCCGCGUCCGUUUGCGAGGAAAAGGCUCACGAGAGGUGCACGCGAUCCAGCAAAAGGAUGUGCGCCACUGUGGCUGUGGGAAGAAGGGAGUUGGAAGGGAAGAGGAGCAAGAAGAGGGCUAGGUGCAAUCUGGAAGAUAGUUCUACCAUAUCAUCUUCCACGUCUCAAAUUUGGCCGAAUAUGUCAUUAGAGUAUGAGAACAUGAUGUGCAAUACGAGUAGUGACGUCACGACGUGGCCGAAAAGUGACGAUGAGGUUGAGGUAGAAAAAAGGAGGCGGCGAGGCAGUUGGAGAGGGUCUAUGAGAAGGAUGGACCGAUUAAGCAUUCCUACGGAUCAGUCGCCCACAGAGAUAUCAUCACAAGAACCCGUACCUUCAAGAUUAGAGACUGCUCAAACGACUACUGCUAGGCCCUCUAGUGCACCUUCGGAAGUACCAGUAACUUCAAGGGACCAUAGUGAAUCAUCACAAGAAGCGAAUCGUCGGAGUAGGACUAGAAGUAGCUCAUUAUCGUCUACAUCGAGAAGAGCUCGAAGCUUGUCCCCUAGUGAAGUUAGUACCACAACGACUUUUUAUAGUACUCAAGGAACUAUACCUCCAGCAUCUAUGCCCCAAACUUCACAGGACCAAAAUAAUACGACAGCUAGUUCCAGAAGGUCACGUGACGGAUCUGCUAUUCCAACAGUAACCGAAACCGAACCAGAAAGGCCAAUGGGUCGGUGGCCGCACAGUCUAAGUCCAGCUCUGGCCUGUUUGGGAUGCACCAUAGGACUUUUCAACGUCUGCAGAUUUGCUGUGCUCUCCGUACAUUUUGGAGCUAAUUUUCUGCUGCAAUUCAUGCUACUAUCAUGUUUUUUCGGCCUGCCCUUAUUCACGCUACAGUUAUGUUUAGGUCAGCAACUAGAAGCCGGUGUCAUCGAUAUGUGGAGAAUAUCGCCCCUAUUUCAAGGUGUUGGCUUGUCGUUAUUGGUUGCCCAAGCGCUUCUGGGACUCUACAGUAUCACGGGGGUAUCAUGGAUGUUCGUUUUCUUUCGAGAUUCGUUCAUAACGAGCAAGGAUCAAUACCGAUGGGCUGAACCAUUUGGAAUAUACAGGCAUGAGCCCACUAUUCCAGUAAACAUCACAGCAAAACUAAGCGAAACUAUUCCAGAUUACUUGAACGGUAUUGUCUUGCAAAGGCAUCAUUUGAACUCGACAGAGAACUACGCGACUGUGAAAUUCCAACUAGCUUUUAACUUAGCUGUAGCCUGGACGAUCAUAUUCGUAUCCCUCAGUAAAGGCAUAAGGUCAUAUGGAAAAGUUGUGUAUGCUUUCACGCUGAUACCACUUGUAGGAAUGUUCGUACUAUGUGCCAAAGUAUUGGGUUUAAUGCCUAGUGAAUACAUUAACGUGAUUUUCCCUGAAACUGCUUGGGAUGAAUUUUUCCUCAAUCCUAGGAGUUGGUUAGCAGCUGGACAAGAAGCUUUCCUGACCUGGGGUCUGCUGGGAGCAUCAGCCAUGCAAAUAGCAUCACAAAAUAAACACAAACAUCUACUUCAAAGAGAUUCUAGUCUUGUAAUCGUAAUCACUUUCACAGUUUUAAUACUCGCCGCGUUUUUAGCGAAUACUUGUGUUCUUAUUCUAAGCUCAUAUGGAUACAAUUACAUACCCAGCUCCUUUGAGUACCGGUCUUCCAGUGUAUUCCUUCGUUCAAUAAAAGAUCCACUGCCCCCAAAUUUAGCUAACACACCAAUCAGGCAUAUGAUCCACCAAUCCUUUGUUGUUGGAGAAAAAGUUAUUCGUCCAAAUACAGACGUCACGUCAGUAAGCGGUUAUCAGGUUCUGAGGUUUGCAACGGAGUUGAUACCAGCAACAUUCGCAACACUUGGCGCAGAGCAAGUGUCUCCAUUUUGGGUGAUUCUCUUUUAUUUUAUUUUGAUCAUGUUUGGGAUUAUCCAGCAGUUAGCUAUUUGGCACUGUGUCAUCACAGGCAUCAUGGCAAUCAAUUUAAAAGUUUUGAAAUCAUGGGAAACUACUAUAACGUUCUUCAGCUGUGCCUGUGGGUUCGUACUGGGACUGCCAAUGGCAACAGAGUUGGGAAUCUACGUGGUAUACUUUUUUGACUACACAAUAGGAAGCAUCUGGUGGUUACUGAUAGUGAUUCUCUUACAAAUUGUUGCUGUAUUUAUGGUACGAGGAAGACCCUACAGUGGAGAUACAGUUGUAAUGGAGCUGUUUCAUCGAUAUAAUAACGCAUGUUUCCUCACUUGGGCUCCUGCUCUUCUUUCCUUUACUUGGAAUGUCAUUUUACCAGUGAUACUGAUGGUUCUUUGUGUGAGUACGUUUAGAAACGGAAGCUUUAGAGAUAUGUUCAUUUGGCACCGUGCUCCUACGGUAGAGUAUUGGUCACUGUGGACUAGGCAAGUUGGAUGCUUGAUGCAGUUAUUGCCAAUACUUUGUAUUCCGAUCGUUGCAGUUAUCCAAAGUUAUAGGUAUCUUAACAAUGGCCCAGAUGAUAUUCUUGAGAGGGUGCAGCUUCUAUACCGACCUCCGAUAGGCGAGCACAUGUCGGACCCACCUAUCGCCAAUAGUAGAACCAAUACGGGCUCCGCUCCAUCUUCAGGAGGCUCCGCCCCUGCUGAAGAUCCACCCCCUAAGUAUACGCCACCCCCUUCCUACACUACAGCAACGGGAGUGAGGUUGGCCAAGCUGCUUAGGCAGAGUAUUAGGAGGAGCGUGAGGAGGAUAGCAGCUGGGGUGCUGGGAGAACCCGGAUCGUCUAGGCAAAGAAAUACGAUACGCAGCCAAGAAGAAUUUCGACCUGCACCACCUCCGGAUUACAAUGCUGUGUUGGUUGAAAUGAACAGCAGCGGAGCGGGAAGUGAGAAUACUGCUACCAGUACCAGUGAUGCUGCUGCGGGAACUACGAUAUGUACAACAGUUCCCGAUGGCGAAGCUCGAAGGAUAUCAACACUUCAAAGACUGAGAAACCUGGAGUCCACAUCAACGGCUUUGACAGCCGCCGAGGUGGCCUCUAUCCUUAGAAGUAGUUUCAGAAGAAGUACUAUCCGCAGGAACAGAAGUACCGGUUCUAAUGAUAGAAAUCUGGUACAAUCGGCCGCUCCAAUGAGCGAAACGUCUUUGGUGGUCGAUGAAAAGGAUAAGCCAGACGUCAUGUGAUACUCUUACUAAGGGAUCAAGAUUGUAGAGAAGCUGUCUUCGGAAAACUGUAGAAGAGUUGGUAAACGUCUCGAUGAAGCGUUUAUCUCUAACCUCUGAUAGAGUUUGAGACUUUCAAGAAGUUAUAUGGUGUGAGAUGGAUAAAUACAGAGCGAGCUAUACUAUGAAGUAAAUACCUUUAAAUAUUAUUUCUGGAUGCUUUGCUAUUCAGUAACCUGUUCCUAUCGGGUUGAAGCUUCGUUUUUCGAUGGUUAACCGUGAACGACUGUAACAUUUUUAUCAUAUUUCCGAGGCAUACAUUUUACUUAGCUCCUGGAAUAAAGUAAAAUACUAACAUCACAAAAUAUUAUACUUGAGUCAGUUUAUCGUAGAUCGAUAAUUGCACGUCAUUUGGCAUACCGCGGUUAUACUUUUUUGAGAAAUUAUUGUUGUAUAUUUGUUCUCUAAGAAUUUUGCUGAUAUGAUGCACAAUCAAGGAAAAACUAAUAAAGAAAGCUAAAAGAGAUAUAAUGAAUUCUGAUAUAAAAGCAUUUAAAUAAUAAAUGAUUAUGAUAUAAUAUUCAUUUUCCCAACAUCAUUACGAUAUUAUACCCAAUAUAUGUGAGUGCUGCUGCAGAAUAUGUAAAUAUACUUGUUAAAAUAUUGUCUAGUCCACUUCACAAUAAACUUGAAUUUUGAUGAUAACAAAAGCGAUUGAUAUUGAUAUCUGAAGUAUUAAAAUAUCGAAGAAUGUGGGAGUUGAUCAUUCUGAAAUACUUUGUUGUCUAAUAAUAAUGAAUAAUCUGUUUUGGCUUUGUGACCUUUGUUAAAGCGGUAUAAUAUUCACCCUCUCUUCAUUAUUAAAUUAGUACAUCCAAUAAUAAUUUGAUGAUAUGAAUCAUUAAUCAGUGAAAACCUCCGGAAAAGUUGAGGAAGCUUUGCUUAAUGUCUUGGGAGUACACUUGACGUGGAUAUGACGAAAUAGUCAGACAAUAUUAUAAUUCUAGAAAAAACAGAUUGAAGAUUUUCUAUGUAUAUUUCACAAAUGACAGUCUUUAUUCAAAAACUCCAUUGCUAUGAAGUUUGAAGACACUGUCCUUAUUUCAUGUUUUAAUUUUCUUCUGCCAGUGUUUAAUGUCUAUCCUAAUAAAUUUAUUUUAUUAUGAAGUGCCUAUUUGGAUUCCAACAGCAUCGCACAAACAGCAUUUAUUGUUAACAUCUUUCUCUAUACAGUGUGUUACUUAACUAUAGGCCGUAAUUACAAGAGCGUAUUCCUGAACCAAAUUCAUUUAGAAAAGUUCAUAAAAAGAGGUGACCGGAACAGUCUUAUUUUCAUGUUACAGGGCGUUAAUUAUUAAAAAAAAUUGAUAGAAAAAAUAAAGCAAACUGAUACGGAUAGUGAAAAAUGUAAUUAUAAUACCCCAACAACGCUCUUUGACAACGAUCAAAGAUAGUUUGUUCUUAUUUUAAUAACUUUUCGGCAUCCAAUGAAGUUGUUUAUUUUUUGUCGCAAACAGAGUAGGAUACAGGGAGAUACCAAGAGACAAAAAAGAACCAUCAGCUGCUUAACAAAAAAAUAUGUUUUUCAUAAAAUCAGCGCUGCACAUUUUUUUGUCAAUUUCAUUCGUGAGAUUGCCACCGAGACGCCACAGGAAUUCAUAACUAUCUUUUAGUUGGUGCUAAGUUUACGUCUUAUUACAUUGAACAACACAAUGAACAUUCAACAUAAUCAGCACAAGAAUCUUUAAGGUAUUAAUAAACUUUGAGACCCAAUAUAAGAAGACCAGAUUUCUUAGGCCACAUGCUUAUAUGAACUUUUCCACUUAAAUUUGUUUCAGGAAUGCCCCCUUGUAAAUACAGCCUAUUUUUAAGCAACACCCUGUAUUAUGCAUGGCUUGUACGAUAUGCAUUGUCAAUAUCUACGAAAUCUGAUGACAGAAGUAACGUACAAGUACUGCCCUUAUAGUACUGACUAAUACGAGAUAUAAUUUAUAAAAUUUAUAAAAAUUUAUUUAUAGUGUCGAAUUGUAGAACUUGCGUUUACGUUAAAAAGGCCGACCAAUUUUUUGUUACUUUUCUUAUUUGAAUGUAAAUAUACUAUACUUCUUG